AUGAACACUCCCAAGGGCAAAACUGUCAGUGGCUUCGAAACUCAGAUGGGCAGCAACCACUUCGGCCAUUUUCUCCUGUUCCAGCUCCUCAAGCCUCUUUUGCUUUCCACGUCAACACCUAGCCAGACCUCUCGUGUCAUCACCUUGUCUAGCUAUGGUCACACCUUCUCACCUAUCCGCUUUGACGACAUGAACUUCGAGAAGUCCGAGUACAACGCAUGGGCAGCUUAUGGUCAAAGCAAGACUGCAAAUAUCUACAUGGCCAACAGCAUCGAUCGCCUCUACGGAUCUCAAGGCCUACAUGCAGUGUCUCUGCAUCCGGGUGUCAUCUUUGAUACUGGGUUGAUGCGCCACAGCUCCAAAGACGCCUUUGAUGACUUUGGAGGUGCGGAUAUCUUCGGCAAGCUCGAGAAAAGUCCUGAGCAAGGUGCGGCAACUACUGUAUGGGCUGCGCUGACACCUCACUUCAACAACAAGGGUGGUGUGUAUUGUGCUGAUUGCGGAGAAUCUGUCGAAGCUAAAGAAGAUGCGCCGGUUGGUGGUCCGGAGUAUGUCAGUCAUGCUUAUGACGAAGAGGCUGAGGAUCGUCUAUGGGAGCUCAGCUGCAAAGCUGUUGGUGUAUAA